GCGGACCGCCAUAAUACCAAAGAAGAAGAAGCCCGUCGAAAUGGACGUCUUUGACAGUGUUGCCACAAUUUAUCUCGACUUCGUGAUUUUGCUGUAAUUUUGCAAAUCAGAGACUUCAGGAGUUCACUGGUCUAUCUAAUGCAAUAGCCAACCAAGGAGCAACCAGGAUAACUGAAGGAGUCUGGAUAUGAUCUGCAGUUGCAGAUGAACUUAUUGACCAAGUUCUCCUGGAAGCCUUUGACAACAUGGAGGAAAGUUGGGACAGCAUAGAGGAAGCAGGAGACUACAAAACAGAUGCAGCUAGACAUUUACCAAGCUGUUCAUGUCAGCAAAUCACUGAACACAAGGGAACAGAAGUGGGAGAAGAGAUCCUGACUGACAAGACAUAUAAGAGCAUGACAGCAUUUAAGGUGAAGAAUGAUGAAGGCUCUGCUCCUUUUUCGGACAUCCACAGUCAUUCAAAGAUCAUGGCUCAAGAUCUUCAACGAAAGGCGGCAGAGAGGAGGGCAACAGAGGUCACCCACGAUAAGUGUCCUUCUUUCUCAGAAAGAUCAUGCUCUGUGGGCCUAACAAAUGUUCAGGAAAUAUGUAUUUUGUCUUCUGGAUUUGAUGUAAAAAAGAUCAGAGGGAGAGAUUCUGCUGCAGUGGAGGUUGGCACUAUAGUUUCUCCCCCCCCCUUUUCAAGCAGUCUGUCAAAAAACAUAAAGGGAAAUGUCACACUUUCACCCACAGAGAAGAUUGCUGUGACUCAAGGGCUAUCAGCCUCUUCUCUAAGUGACCACGCACGAUUUUCAAGAGAGGUAGUGGAUAAGAAGACCUAUGCUGAUGUUUCCCAUCAAACGUUACCACUUGCAGAUACCAAGAAAGGAAAAGAGAAAAUGUCCUUUAAUACCCUUUUGCCUGUGAUGGAAAAGCAACAAAAGCGAAAAGCUGGUCGGCCAUAUAAGAAGAAAACUCUAGUGAAAAUGGCUAAACUUUUAGCAAUUGGCCAAGAACGGUAUUCCGAUGCCACAGAAAUACACGGGGUGACUCACCAUAAGGAUACUCUAACACCCUCACGCAAACAAACAAAAGAGAAGAAAAAGGAUGAAAUGUUUCCCCCAACUACCUCAAGUGACACAUGGUUUGGAUGCAAUUCAACAUCUGAUUCUUCAAACCACCUUACUAUUGCACAUUCAGAUGACAUCAUUUCUGCAUCUCAAAUAGCUGGGCCAAGUAUUUCUAUGGAAUUGAACCAACCCUCCAGGAUACAGAAAACUUCAAAGACCACACAAAAAGAAGAAUUCAAAAUAACAGAAGUGUCGGCGCUGAAAUUGACCACUGUCACAAAGGGUCAAUAUUCUCCUAUAGAACAAGCUCUGACACACAACACCUUGGUGCCACCUGAGAAUGCAUUGAAAGUACAAAAGAGAACUGGAAGAAAUAAAACUAUGAUAUCCAAAGGAGGAAAUAGAAGAACUCAGGCAUUCAAAAGAAACAGAAUGAAUCCGAGCAGCCUCUUCACCCCCCAGUCACAGAGUAGCAAUGCUACACCCCAAGAAAAAAAUAAUUCGGGACUUUCUCAAGAUGAGACUCCACUGCAGUCAUCAGAUAUAAAAAUGGAGCCCAAAUACUUGUCAGACACUUCUGUCUUGGAUGUAACGAACAAUGUGAAGGAACACCAAAAAAGAGAACCUCCCUCCAAAAACUUUACAGAAGGGAAUAUUAAAAGUCCUGGUAUAAUGUCAAAAUGCUUUGACUUGUCUAUCACUCAAAAAGAUCAGGGGGCACGAAGUGACAUGAAGAGGGAAAUCAAAGAUAAUGUAACUGCUAACAUAUCAGCUGUAGGAAACCAGGGGGAAAUGACUCCAAGAACUCAAGAGCUCUCAAGACUAAAGAGUAUUGAGGAUGUGCUCAAAUUGAAGCGGAAAGCUGGUCGACCAUUCAAGAAAAAUAGGUUGUUUAAAAUGGAUAAGCUGGUAGCGAUAGCACAGGAAGGCAGAACUAAUGAUCCAGAGAAUAGUGGCAUGACUAAAGAGUGUGUUCCAAAAUUCCCUGCAUAUCACCCCCUAAAGUCAAAAGUAAAGAAGGAAAAGACUGACACACAAACCUUGGCAUCAAAUUCACCUACAAGCCCCUCAAGAAGAUCCAACAGAACAUGUAAAACUACCCCAAAAACUGUUCAAAAGAUGCAAGUCCUCACACACACGCUCGCCCAAUCAGUUUUAUCAGUUCCAUCCAAUCUCAUUGAACUCAAAUCAGAGGACACAACUCUUAUGUCCUCAACGGUCUCUCCAAUUCUUUUAUGUAGUGCAGAGAUUUUCCCUCAACAGGAAAGCCACAGAUGCGGAAAACCCCCGAAGAAAAACACAAAAGUUAACAAACACAUGACCACUGCAGUCCCACAUCCUCCAAUAUUUGCAGUAGUUUCCAAGACCCUUGCUGAGAUUGUCUCUACAGGGAAUGGUAAAGAAGCAAAGAAAGACAUUGGAUCCAAAAGAAAAUACAAACGGGUACCUGGAACUCGUGGUGUAUCAGAAUUGCUGUGUACAAAUGGAAUUCCUCAGGGAGAUAUACAUACCCAAACUAAUAGGGAUGAGGUGUAUUCCAAGACUUCAGCCCCAACUGUGCCACAAUCCCAGAACACACGGAAGCGUGAGGUUAAAAAUAAAAAAGGUACAGAAAAGGCAGCUGUCCCAUUAUCUGAUGAAACUGUCCUUCCUGUUUCAGAUUGCCAGGUGCAAAGUCACAGUGCAACGCCUUUACUGCCAUCAAAGAUUAAGACACAAUCUGACACAUUAUACCUGACACCUAGAACGGUUAGGAAGAAAAAUCCAAAGACGUGUAAGGAAAUAAAAAAAACUUCACCGAAAGUUGAGAAAGCACAGGUGCCAUCUCUGGAUCCUUCCCUUGGAGUGGAACAUAGAUGUCAUGAUGUGCCACAUGUGGAUCAAAUGAGACAAGUGGAAGCAGUGAUAGAGUCAGUAAUUGAGGAUCUCCACAAACCACUGAAACAUGUGAGUCAUAGAAAAACGUUCAAAGAAAAGGCUAGCAAUGUUCUUGCAUUAACUCUGAAUCCUUCACUUGGAGUGGAACACAGAACUCCUGAUGUGCCACAAGUGGAUCAUAUAAGACAAAUGGAAGCAGUGAUAGAGUCCGUGAUGGAGGAUCUCCACAAAAAAGACGCCAGUAAUGUUGCUCCAUUAAAACCAACCACCUUUUCUGCCUCGGAUAACCUGUUGGAACAGCAUAACAAUAGUACAUUACCUCAAUCUUCUUUUAUGUCAUGUGGAGAGACAAAAUCAGGCUUGAAACAUGCAAUACCCAAAACAUCAACAAAAAAUAAGUCAAAAACAUUAAUGAAUGACAAACUUACCUGCAAAAGCUAUUCAAAAAAUUCUAAGAAAGCAGCUAUGCAAACUUCAGUUCCUACAUCUGACACAAUGCAUGUGUCAACAGUUAAGAAGAAUUCCAAUAUUUGUCAAGAAAGAAAAAGAUCUUCACAAAAAGCUGAAAAAGCACAGGAUCCUUCCCUUGGAGUGGAACAUAAAAGUCCUGAAAUGGAUCAAUGGAGAGAAGAGGAAGCAUUGAUUGACUCAGUGAAUGAGAAUCUCCACAAACUGCUUAAACAUAAGGAUCAACAAAAAAAGUUACAAGAAGAGGCCAGCAAUGUUUCUACAUCAACUGUGGAUCCAUCUCUUGUAGUGGAACAUGGAUGUCCUGAUCGAAUAAGACAAGUGGAAGCAGUGAUAGACUCCCUGAUUGAGGAUCUCCACAAACCACUCAAACCUAAUGGACAACAAAAAAAGUUUAAAGAAGAGACCAGUAAUAUUUCUGCAUUGGAACAAACAGCAUUUCUCACCUCGGAUAACCUGUUGGAACAGCAGAACCAUUGUACGUUACCUCAAUAUUAUUUGCUGACAAAAUCAGGCUUGAAACAUGCCAAACCCAAAAUGUCAACAAAAAUGAAGUCAAAAGCAUGCAGUAAAGGGAAACUAUUUAAACAUGCUAAGAAAGCUGCUGUAAUAACUUCAGAUCCUUCUAUUGGAGCAGAAAAUGGAUGUCUUGAAAUGCCUUCCCACUUUACCCAAGCAGAGAGAGGAGGAAAGGGAGAUGUAAAAACCAAUAAAUGUGUUGGAAAGCAUGAAAAGGAAGCAGUGAUAUCAGUGACCGGUGAUCAUUUGGAAACAGCGGCCCACAAACCACAUCAACGUAAGGGGCCAAGAAAGAAGCUAAAAGAAGAGGACAGCAGUGUUUCCAAACCAGAACAAGUAGAAUCUACUACUUCAGAUAGCCAGCUAAGACAGCAUGACCACAAUGAUUCACAACAAGUUUCUUUGCUAGUGUCGGCGGCAAAGACAGAAUCAGGAAUAGAGCAUAUCAUGCCAGAAAUGGAAAUGACAAAUAAGCCAAAAACAUGCAGGAAAAGGAAAAUACUGUCCAAACAAAGCUCAAAGAUCACUGAAACUCCAACCCCACUAAGUUCAAAACCAUCUCUUGGAGUGGAAUAUAGAUAUUCUGAAAUGGCUACCCCUUUCACACAUGUGGACCAGGUUCAGAAUAUUCUUGAUACUCCUAAAGGCUCCAAAGCGAGUAAUGGAAAUACUGGAUCAAACCAUCCAAUAUCCAAUGUCAGACAUUCCAGAAGGCCCUCCAAAUCGAAUUCACAUAUCACAACUGACUUGAUACAAGAUCAAGCAAUUUUAUCAGUUGCAUCACAUCUCACUAAUCAACCUACCAGUCCUGUAUCAACAACCGUGUCCUCAACUGCAGCACAAGGACAGAUUACUGAAUUAGUGAGUUCUCUUUGUACAGAUAAAAGGCCGCAUAAAAUAGGGAGGCCUCCGAAGAAGAAAAAGUCUCAGAGACCAAAAAGAACGGGUAUUGAUAAGAAUAUCACAGAUGACGACAAAGUGUGUGUUCAAUUCUUAUCAGCAUUUGUAAAAGAGGAACUAAUUGAGGAAGAGAAAAGUCUAGAAAAUAGGGGAAAAGAAAAGAACGGCAAAGGGAAGAAAGGCAAAAUUCUCCAAACAGACAAUGUGAAGGUGAAAGAUGGCAACGCAUUAGCAGAUGACAAAUUAGUUUUACAAGUCCCUAUAGAUGAUGCAGGGGACUCUAUAUCUAUUGCAAUAGACCCAAUCAGUGCUGUAAUUCCCAAACAUAAAAAAGGUGGUCGUAUUGCCAAGGGUAAAAGAGUGCAAAAAAUUGCUUCCACCCCCAACAUCCCCAGUGACCAGCAAUGCAUGAAUAUGUCCACAGAAGAAAUGUCUCUGUGUCUCAGCAAUAUAUCAGAAAAACACAGAAAACGAAAAGUUGACAGCAGCAGUGCUGAUUUUGUUAAUGCAGAUAUAAACGUUCUAAAUCUUAAAGAUGAUCUUAGUGAUAGAUCUGAAAUACUGGACUCAUCCUUACUAGGGACUCAGAGGGUGAAGAACAAGGGUAAGAUCAAAUCCAAGACAAUUACAGAAGAACAGACCGUGGCCACAUCAGUGGUAAAAGAGAUGGUGUGGCUAGAUUUACAGACCACCAUAGCAGCACUGAAAAAGAAACGAGGUCGGCCAUUCAAGAAAAGUACCUUGAUGAGAAUGGCAAAACAGCGGUCAUGUGAACAGCAGAAGUCAAACACUAGCAGAAAACCUUCCGUGAACAAGACACAGAGCUGCAAAUCAAUAGGAAUUUCUACGGGAGGGAAAAUGCACAAAUUCAACCCAAUGUCAACAACUUCAAGAAGGCACACUAGAGCAUCCGUGGCAAUGAAGAAUGAAGACCUUGUUCUUAAACAACAGCAAGACGACAUAUGGGAGAUCACCAAUGUGUCCAGCAACAUUUUCUUCCCAAUUGUGACUAAUUCCCGCAGUAUUUCAGUGCAAGAAAUCGAAACUUCGGAAACUAUUUUCUCUGUUGAUGCAGGGGCGACACAAGGAAUCCAGCAAGUUGAGUCUACCCCAUUAACAACCCCUCUCACAAAAUUACCUCAUAAAGUGACUGGCGUGAAGAAGAGACGCAGGAGAAAUAAAACUGGAUGGGCUACAAAAGUGAAAUCCAAACGACCUCUCUCCAAAGUGAACUGCGGGGGUACGCUUGAGGUGUUUGUUCAGUCUUCCAUUGACAACACUGGACUCUCAUUCAACUCUAGCCUCUGUAAUUCGUUAACAGAAAAUGACACAUUGGAAAGUGUUGAACAAGAGAGAGAAUGUAGAGCACAUGUGAAAGCAGUAACGAACUACAAUCGAGUUUGUGUGGAGAAGGAGAUCAACUGUGGCGAUCAACCCCUAACAGCUCGUGCUAAAUUGCAGCAUUCAAGUGUACUCCUACACAAUCUUAAGACAAGGAAACCUAUGUCAUGCCAUUUCUGCAGUCGCUCAUUCCGUCACAUAACCGCAUACACAAUUCACAAGCGCAUUCACACAGGUGUGAAGCCUUACAGUUGCCAGAAGUGCGGCAAGAGCUUUGCUCAUCUCUCCAAACUCAAAUCACACUCAAACAUCCACAAACAACAUGGGCCCAUUCAAUGCCCAUGUUGCAUCACUCAGUCUCCAAAUAAAGAUGACUUGAUUGAUCAUUUCAAGAUCCACAUGAAGGGUACCAAGAGGUUCAGUUUGAUUAAUAAAACAAGAAGAGACAAAGAAAUCCAGAUUCAUCCUUACACUGAUUACAUAGAGUCCCCAGUAACUCUUAACGGCAGGAAAUUCCUUAGAUGCUCCACUUGUUUAAAAUAUUUUUUCAGUAAGGCCACAUUGAAGCUGCACCUACAAACACACAGUGGAGUGAGGCGUUUCACCUGCAAAGUCUGUGGCAAGAUGUUUAUCACAUUCUCAAGUUUCAAUGCACAUGAAAAAACACACUGGCCUGUUAAACCGUAUGCUUGCUCUGUGUGUGGAAAAGGCUUUGUUCUGCUUAGGGAGCUCAAAACCCACUCUCAUAUGCACUCAGGAGAGAUGCCUUUCUUCUGUAACCACUGUGGUCAGGCCUUUAGCGACUUCUCAUCCUUGCGCACACAUCAAGUCUCCAAAGUGUGUUUUGAGGCUAGAGAUGAAGGGGAUGGAAGCAAGGUUGACAUUGAGGGGUUCCUGGUGGAGCAAAGGGCUGAUGGGCAGAUUAAUACCCCAAUGUACUUUAAAUGUCAGAUUUGCAAACAACUUAAUCGUCGCUGGUGUCAGUACAUUCUUCAUCUGCAAACGCACACUAAUAACAAGCCAAACCUUUGUGAGAUCUGUGGACAACGGUAUGAGGUUCCUGAAUUAUGUGUUCAUUGUAAAGUGUGCUGCAAAUCAAGUGGAGAGGAGAGGGCAUGCAAUUCGUCCUUGUCAGAGGUCUGGCAUGAACCCCAAUCUCUGCAAAAUCCAAUGCAUGUGACUGAUUUUCUGUACAAUGCUAAUCAGGAAAUGUUAUCUACUGAUGACCAACAUCCUAAAUGCAAGGAGUCUGAGCCCCUGCCACCUCUGGAAACUAUGGAGGAGUAUUCCUCAGAUGUGCUUCCACAAAACCCCAAACCUGCUUGCCAGAUCCCAGGUAAUGGGUUAGAGAUAAAUCGACCUUCUCCCUCAAACUCCAUGUGUGCAAGUUCUGCCAUAUUGUCCCCCUCUGUAAUGAGCUGUAAUUCAGUACGUGUGGUUCAACAGCCUUCAGGUUUUCACUCUCGUUUUCAGACCCAUGCUCCUUGUGACAGAUAUCCCCGUGGACAAUGUGGAAAAUCCUUUAACCGGUGGAAUAAGCUCUGGUUGCAUCAGGGACGACACAGAGAAAAACGCUGUAGCUUCUCAUGCACUCAGUGCAAUUUAGAGUUUCGCUUCUUAGGCUCCUAUAGGGAGCACAUGCAGGAACAUGCAGCGCAGAGACCCUAUGUUUGUCCGUUAUGUCCCAAAACCUAUAUCACGGAAGAAGACUUAAAUACCCAUCUGUGCGAAAAUCACCAGCCAUGUGAAAGCCUGAAAUGUGACACGUGUGAAAAGGGUUUCACCAGUUUCAGAAAUUUGGAGAGACAUCGUCUGUUACACAGAGCUGCUAGCUCGCACUAUUGUCUCCCUUGCAAGCUCCCAUUUCCUAGUUACCUAGCCUUAAAGAAUCACUUGAAGGCUCAUAAAGCCCGCCCUGUUAUCCCUCUCCCUGAAGGGCCAUUGGAACCACUUCGAUUUCCCUAUCACUGUAGAAAAUGUAAUGCCAGAUUUACAACCACAGACUUGCUCCAAGCCCAUCAGGUUUGCCAUCUUAUAGGGGGGAAGAAAACAUAUAGCAGUUCAACAAAUGUAGUUUCUGCUUCCCUGACCUCCAAGCUCUCAAACAAACCAAGAGCGAGAAUCACCCCUCUAUCCCCUACGACAGUACCUAGUCUUCUUCUGUCAAAGAAAAGGAACAUGUAUAGGUAUCCUCACCCUGAUCGUCUCUAUGUCGUCCCUAAAAUAUCCUCACAGCCACCGGUCAUUGUUUCGGACACAGAAGAAGAGCCCCAAGAGAUUCUAAACUUUAGCUUAUCCUCGCCCUGUAACACUGUGUCCCUUGAACAUGAAGGGCAAACCAGCCCUAGCAAUAAUUGUGAGGCAAACAACUCGGAUCUACCUCAGUGCUCAUGCCCCUCAUGUGUCCUUAUUUAUGAACCUACUCAAUGUAUGCCAAAAACAAACACCCCACACAUGCCGACUCAUGAACCACCAUGUCCCUUGGAUAAAGGUCAUCAGAAUGUACCACCUCAAAGAUGGAAAAAGUCUAAGGGUAAUGAUGAUGCUUUCUUUAGAGCCUCAACAACAUUUGUGAUAUCAAGGGCCAAAAAACAGCGGAUUGGCUUUGAGUGUGCUGAUUGUUGGGUAAGAUUUAGUGACGUCUCAGAGCUACAUGAGCAUUACUUACAUCAUGCCAGGGGGGUGAAGUGAAAAUCAAUAUAUUUUUUUCCACUAAUGGACAUUUGCAUCAGAAAGUAUUCAGACCGAUUUUACUUUUUCCAAAUUUUGUUACGUUACAGCCUUAUUCUAAAAUGUAUUUUUGCAAAUGUUUAAAAAAAUAUAUGAAAUAUCACAUUUUACAAGUAUUCAGACCUUUUACUCAGUACUUUGUUGAAGCACCUUUGGCAGUGAUUACAGCCUUGAGUCUUCUUGGGUAUGACGCUACAAGCUUGGCACACCUGUAUUUGGGGAGUUUCUCCCAUUUUUCUUUGCAGAUCCUCUCAUACUCUGUCAGGUUGGGUGGGGAGCAUCGCUGCACAGCUAUUUUUAGGUCUCUCCAGAGAUGUUCUAUCGGGUUCAAGUCUGGGCUCUGGCUGGGUCACUCAAGGAUAUUCAGAGACUUGUCCCAAAGCCACUCCUGUGUUGUCUUGGCUGUGUGCUUAGGGUCGUCCUGUUGGGGUGAAGGUUCUUCCAAAUAUAAGGUCCUGAGCGUUCUGGAUCAGGUUUUCAUCAAGGAUCUCUCUGUACUUUGCUCUGAUCAUCUUUCCCUUGAUCCUGACUAGUCUCCCAGUCCCUUCCACUGAAAAACAUCCCCACAGCAUGACGCUGCCACUGCCAUGCUUCACCAUAUGGAUGGUGCCAGAUUUCCUCCAGAUGUGAUUCUUGUCAUUCAGGCCAAAGAGUUCAAUCAUGGUUUCAUCAGACAAGAGAAGCUUGAGGUGCCUUUUGGCAAACUCCAAAUGGGCUGUCAUGUGCCUUUUACUGAGGAGUGGCUUCCGUCUGGCCACUCAACCAUAAAGGCCUGAUUGGUGGAGUGCUGCAGAGAUGUUUGUUCUUCUGGAAGGUUCUCCCAUCUCCACAGAGGAACUCAUGAGCUCUGUCAGAGUGACCAUCGGGUUCUUGGUCACCUCCCUGACCAAGGCCCUUCUCCCCCGAUUGCUCAGUUUGGCCGGGUGGCCAGCUCUAGGAAAAGUCUUGGUGGUUCCAAACUUCUUCCAUUUAAGAAUGAUGGAGGCCACUGUGUUCUUCGGGACUUUCAAUGCUGCAGACAUUUUUUGGUGUCCUUUCCCAGAUCUGUGCCUCGACACAAUCCUGUCUCGGAGCUCUAUGGACAAUUUCUUUGACCUCGUGGCUUGGUUUUCCCUCGGACACGCAUUGUCAACUGUGGGACCUAAUAUAGACAGGUGUGUGCCUUUCCAAAUCAUGUCCAAUCAAUUGAAUUUACUACAGGUGGACUCCAAGUUGUAGAAAGAUCUCAAAGAUGAGCAAUUGAAACAGAAUGCACCUGAGCUCAAUUUUGAGUCUCAUAGCAAAGGGUCUGAAUACUUAUGAAAAUAUAGCUUUUUUUUAUUACAUUUCUAAAAACCUGUUUCGCUUUGUCAUUAUGGGGUAUUGUGUGUACAUUGAGAAAUGUUUUGUUUAAUCCAUUUUAAAAUAAAUGUGGAAAAAGUCAAGGACUGAAUACUUGUCGAAUGGACUGUAUAUCAUUGUUUUUGAUGAGUACUAAAUAAGUUUCAGAGUUAACCACCAACUAUAGCAAUGGUUAAAUUAAUAAUUCACUCCAAACCACUAAUUCCCAUGAUUUUCAUUGUUAAAUAACGGCAAUAUGUAUUUUCGUCAUUAUGUUAAGGUAGGAAGCAACUUGAAAAUUGUUGCUGAAAUUUUUUGGAGCUUAAGUCAACAACACUUCUCUCCAGACAGGAGGGCUGGCUGGCUAGCUUGCUAGAAAACAUAGCUAUACACAAUAUUACUAAAGUCAAUAUCAGCAUGUGAAGUAGCUAUUUAGCUGUAAAAUCUCAAACACUGCACUAUCAAUUUUAGAGUUACAUUCUCACCAUGUUCAACCUGGUAGAGAUUUUGUCUUGCUCAAAACAGUGAGGUUGUGAAUGCAACACAAUGGACCUGUGCUGCUAAAGUCCAUUGGUACGUAGUUGGAGGAAAGGAUAUUGAUCUGACGGUGCACUGUGUACUUGAACGCAAGUCUAAGAAGUGGUAGAUAUCCUAGUGUUUACCUGUGGCGGCAGGUAGCCUAAUAGUUAGAGCGUUGGGCCAGUAACUGAAAGGUUGCUGGAUCAAAUCCCUGAGCUGACAAGAUAAAUAUGUUGUUCUGCCCCUGAACAAGGCAGUUAACCCACUGUUCCCCGGUAGGCCGUCAUUGUAAAUAAGAAUUUGUUCUUAACUGACAUGACUAGUUAAAUAAAGUAAAAAAUAAAUAAAGAUAUGUUCUAUGUGCGGAAUUUCUAUACUUCACGUUCUUAAUUUUUGUUUUUGGUCUUUUACUUUAGUUUUCUUUUACACCAACUUCAAACAGCUGAAAAUACAAUACCUUUUUGUUACUAAAAAGCGGUUUGGAUGGUACAAUAAUUUUCUACACUUGCUUGUUUUGUCACAAACUUCAAUUAUGCGAAAUCUAAAACAAAUUUCUACCAGGAAAUGGCAAAGCAAUUUCUGCAUAUUGGAUAUUUUUUAAAGGCGUUCUGAAAUAUGAUAGUCUUUUUGGAAAUAGGGAUUAACAAACCAUUACCAAAUUGACAGGAGUGUCACUCCUGGAGUGGAUUAUCCAUUUAACGUUGAUAUUAAACUUUGUUUAUUUAAAUUUUUUAUAUAUUCAUAUUUACACUGAUUGUCCAAAACAUAAAGAACACCUUCCUAAUAUUGAAUUGCCCCCCCACCCCCUCCUACCUGUGAAAAACACCCAGCAGCUCCUAGCACCUACUACCAUACCCUGUUCAAUAACCUGUUCAAAGGCACUUCAAUCUUUUGUCUUGCCCAUUCACCGUCUGAAUGGCACACAUACACAAUCCAUGUCUCAAUUGUAUCAAGGCUUAACAUUUCUUCUUUAACCUGUCUCUUCCCCUUCAUCUACACUGACUGAAAUGGUUUUAACAAGUGACAUCAAUAAGGGAUCAUAGCUUUCAACUGCUCAGUCUGUCAUGGAAAGAGCAGGUGUUCUUAAUGUUUUGUACACUACUGCAAGAAUGUGCCUUUUGAAUAGAUUACAAACUUGUCAUACUUUAAACAGUUAUUCAUAUCCAGUGGUGGAAAAAGUACCCAAUUGUCAUACUUGUGUAAAAUGAUAGAUACCUUUUAAUAGAAAGUUACUCAAGUGAAAGUCACCCAGGAAAAUACUACUUGAGUAAAAGUAUUUGGUUCUAAAUAUACUUAAGUAUCAAAAGUAAAAGUGUACAUAAUUUCAAAUUCCUUAUAUUAAGCAAAGCAGACUGUACCAUUUUCUUGUUUUAAAAAUGUAGGAGAGCCAGGGGCACUCUCCAACACUGACAUUAUUUACAAAUGAUACAUUUGUGUUAGUUAGCUUGCCAGAUCAGAGGCAGAAGGAUGACCACGUGUUCUCUUGAUAAGUGUGUGAAUUGGACCAUUUUCCUGUCCUGCUAAGCAUUCAAAAUGUGAUUUAGUACUUUGGGGUGUCAGGGUAAAAGUAAGUAAAAGUUGUCAAAAAUAUAAAUCGUAAAGUACAGAUCACAUAAAAAUACUUUAAAGUACUACUUAAGUACUUUACACCACUGUUCAAAUCUGUCCUGCUGCUGUUGGCAAAGUUUUCUUUGUUCUAUUUUUGUAAGACCUUUAUGUACACAGACACCAUGAGUGUCUCUCUUUUUAUUAUGUUUAACAUGGGAUAUAUUGCACAUUUGAUAACGCACACUAAUUGCAUCCUUUGGGGAAACGGUUAGAUCUGCUUUCCAAACAGUCAAUAGUUUGGGAAUGGUGAUUACUUAAACAUCUUUGAUUUCUGGAAGGUGGUUUGGCACGUUAUAGAAAGUCGGUCAUUUUUAAAUGUCAAAGAUUUCAUUGGACAUUCAGUAAGCAUUACUCAUUGAAUAUUUAGGCACUGUGUGCACGUACAACAUGAGUAUGCAAAUGUUUGAAAUGUAAUUGUAAACACAAAGAUGUGAUGAAAAAUAUUAGUUAUUGAUUCUGUUCUGGUAAGCUUUCAUUCUUUAGAUGUCACUGUCUCAUUUAUCAAUGCAAAAUGUGUUUCGCUUUUUACUUUACUUUGAUUUACAGUAGUCUGACAAUAAAAGUUGACAUUACA